GAAAAUGACAGCCGUCGUCGAUUUGGGCUAAUUGGGUAAAAAAAUUAAUCACGAACGAAACGAAGAAAGACACGACGAACGACGGUCCAGCGGCGCGGAAAAGUAUCGAAAAAGAAAUAUUCUCACCAACCAAAACCGGGGAAAGUUCUUUUCAAUCGGUGCGUGGAACAUCGUUUGCCCAUGCAUUGUGCGUCCUGUGUGCAGUUCAUUCUUAUAUAAUACAAUCUGGUCGUGCGAAUCUCCGUCCUACUAACAGAACGUCGCCGUCGUCGUUGUCGUCGUCUCGAGCUGCACAGCCUGUUCUUAGUGGGGCGAGGUGGUGCUGCAUACCACAAUAUUUUCCAUUUCGGUGCUUCCCGAGUGAAGAAGAGGUUGAAAAUUGUUUCUCAUUGUUAUUACUGGUGUCGAUUGGUUGCAUUAAUAAGCACUGUUCAGAAUUACAGCCAGUUGUGGGACGGAAGUGGCAGCAAACCGCAGACCGUCUCUCUUUCUCUGUCUGCGGGCGCGGAAGAACGGAAGCCGCAUCAAACCACCCCUAGUUGGCCGGAAGUUGUUUUCUGGUUUUGUGUGCAAGAAGCAUCCCCUGUCGCAUCGGUGCAUCGUUAAUUGAAGCAAAAGUGUAAAGCCCUUGCAGUGUUCCGCACGAACAGCUUUCACAGAGCCAGAUUGAUGCUGGUGCUUGUGUGCGUGCAUUGCGUUAGUGUGCGUGUGUGUGUAUGCAAGCGUGUAUGUUCGUAUGUUUGUUGUGCUUGCAACUCCAGCAGCAGCAGCAACAUUAAGUUAAAGUGAAUAGUGACGGACAAAUAUUAAUCGAUUGCAGCGACUGUGUUCCGGCUGUUAACUAACGUAACGUUGUUUGUUACUACCCAUAUCGGUGCAGUGAUAAAACGAACGGAAGUUGAAGAGAAUAAAGCAGCAACUAACUGGUGAUUGGGGCGGACAGAUAGACUGACACGAACACGAUCCCAUUUACGGCACAAGGGAAACCAUCCUAUUUCAUCAAUCAUGAAUUUUCUCCGUUUCGGUCAGUCGGCCGACAUCGAUAUUUUGUUCGACGGGGCCGAAAACCGCCAGCAGGCAGAAAUCAAAACAGAGGACGGCAAGAAGGACAAGUACCUACUGUACUAUGACGGCGAAACUGUGGGCGGAAAGGUGAACAUAACGUUGAAAAAACCGGGCAGCAAGUUGGAACACCAGGGUAUCAAAAUCGAGCUUAUCGGUCAAAUUGAAUUGUAUUACGAUAGAGGCAAUCACCAUGAUUUCCUGAGCCUCGUCCGUGAACUAGCUCGGCCGGGCGAUCUCAUCCAGAACACGUCAUAUCCGUUCGAGUUUGCGAAUGUAGAGAAACCGUACGAAGUGUACGUCGGUUCGAACGUGCGAUUACGAUAUUUCUUGCGGGUGACAAUUGUCCGACGUCUGAGUGACAUCAUCCGGGAGGUGGACAUAGCCGUGCAUACGCUCUCGAGCUAUCCGGACACGAACAGUCCGAUCAAGAUGGAAGUGGGCAUCGAGGACUGCUUACACAUUGAGUUCGAGUACAACAAGAGCAAGUACCACUUAAAGGAUGUGAUUGUGGGCAAAAUCUAUUUUCUACUGGUGCGCAUCAAAAUAAAACACAUGGAAAUAGCCAUUAUCAAGCGGGAACAGACUGGUUCGGGACCUAACAUGUACACUGAGAAUGAAAUUAUCGCCAAGUACGAAAUCAUGGACGGCUCACCGGUGAAGGGUGAAAGCAUACCGAUACGCGUGUUUCUCGCCGGUUACGAUCUCACCGUAACGAUGCGCGAGAUUAACAAAAAGUUCUCGGUGCGUUAUUUCCUGAACCUGGUGCUAAUUGACACCGAAGACCGGCGGUACUUCAAACAGCAAGAAAUCACGCUUUGGCGCAAGGCGGAAAAGACGCGCAAAUCGCUAACACCAUCGCAAGCGGCCGCGAUUGCGGCGGCCCAGGGUGGAGCUGCCGGUGUUGGACUGAUGCCCGGGCAGUUGGCCGCGGUGACAGGUUCCAGCAAUAAUCCGCACAUACCUCAUCAUCUGGUUGGGCAGGGUACGACAAGUUCUCUCGGUACGAAGGAACUACCAUCGAGCACCGCAGCUGCUGGUGGGCCCGUUUUGCAUGGGGACGGUAGUGCCGAUGAGGAUAGUACCGGCAUGAAACGAUCGGAUGAUUCCAAUCCAAUUAUGGGACUGUUUACGGAAGACAAUUCACAAGCUGAUCUACGACCUAAACCGGCGGUACGACAACGUAGCGAUGAUGUACUUGCAACAGCUGGCGUACUGCAGGAGAAUAGUUCCCGCUCAGUAAAUAGCAAUUUGAAGCCCGGCGAAAUGCCACUGCACGUCGAACCGGAGGAAGAUUCGCUACCCCAGCAGCAACCACAGCCUCAGGCGGCACAGCAGCACCUUCACCGGGAAGCAGGAGACGGUGCCGCCUCAAUAUCGCAAACGACUGACGAAGAAACAUCCUCCCUGUUCGAUGCGAACGAUUUGAGUUUUAAUGCGGCCAGUAGCAGCAACCCGUCGGUGGCGACGGCGGCGGCAGUUGUUCCUGCACCGCCAACGAUCGUUACUGAUCCAACAUCCUCGCCCACGGUUAGCAGCACGAUAAAUAAACCAAUGCUGGCCGAGGAGCUCGCUGGCGAUGAAACGAUUGCUGCGAGCAGAGGCGAACAAGAAGCUGAAAAUGAUGCUCUGCCAGAAGUUACGAGUACGGAAGAAAACGAUGCAAGCAGCACUACGACGAGCCCAGUUCCGGCAGUAGUGUCGGUGGUAACGAGCUCAGCCUCACCGCCCCCUUUGGCGGCAAAGCCGGCAAAACCUCGGAAGCCCGUGCUCGAAUAAGGGGAAAUCUGUCUGGAUUAGGCUUUUAUCUCGGUCUGGCGCUCUCCAACCUUGCGGUAAUUGUACGUUUUCAUUGAAGACUCGGCUUCUUUUCGGGAUGGUGUUAGUAUGAGCGGAGACAGGAAGGAAACAGAAAGGGUGAUAAGGUGAUAAAGCAGGUUAGAAGAAAACAACCCAUAAACACACACAUUUCGAGCACCAUUUUAAAGGCAUGAAAGUAGCCUUGGAGCAGCGUUCGGACGAUACGAUAAGAAGCAUUAAGGAGGUAGGUUCGAAUGAGGAUUAGCAUAUAUUAUAAAAUGUUUCUUUUUGUUAUAGAAAACAAAUUUUUGAUUCCUACGAUCCUAUGUCAACAGUGAAACACUUAAAACUCUAGCAAGUUUGCAUUACAUCCGAUUCCGACUGCAAAACAAAAAGAUGGCAAUAGAAGAAAUACAAUUAAUCGAUGCAAAGAAACAUUGCGGAAAGGUAAAUUACAUUUUGCCUACGAAUGGUUAACCUUUCCAGGGGCUACAAAAUAUCGUCCCGAAAAAAAAGCGCUAGAAAGGGAAAACGAUAACAGAUUGUAGAUGAACAGCUAGAUGAACAUAUAACUUUCGAGCUAUAGAUGCGAAUGAUGUUACAAUGUGCGUUGUUGUAUGAAAGAUCCACCAGAGGUGGUUUGAUAGGAAUUGCAUCGAUAAUUAGGAGAGUGGCUGCGAAUGUUCUGCUCCAGGUACGGUUAUUGAUGCGCACUUUCGGUUCUCACAAUUCACCAAAUUUAUCAAUUGCUCCACGACUGACUCGAACGUUGCAAGUCGGAAGAAAACGGGUCAGUGGGGCAGAUUUUUUAUUUAGUCAAUUUUUGGCUGUACGGGCAAAACUAGAAUUUUGUGAAAAAGAAACGUAGAUAAAGUUAGACUUGCAGUUAUGAUUGUGCAUUAUAAGCAAAGGUGAAACACGUUAAUAAUUACUUUGUAAGCUUUGCUAAUCUAGGUUUUAAGCUCGCAAUCCUGUCCGCAAGGCUAUAUGCUCCCCGGGGGGUUCCGCCUUUCAUUGGGGAUAGCAAAAUAUUUCUGUUGUAUUGUUUUCGACUUUGUUUUUUUUUCCAUUUUCAGUAACACAACGUGAGGGAGGGAAAGUCAAACGAAGCAAAAUAGCGCGAUGUUUCGUAACUCGAAACCCUUGUAACGGACUGUUGGAAAAAAAACUUGUUACUACAUUUAAGCAAAAACAAAACAGAGGAUAGUAAACUGUGUUUCGAAUUCAAACAGCAGAGAGGCACUAUUAACAUAUGAUUAACAAAUUUGAUAUGGUCGUACAGCACAGCAGUUGUAAAGCUAUAUGUGCCCGGACUAUCCAGACGGGUAGACUGCCGCGUAUGCAUUUUGUUGCAAAGCGGUUUGCCCUAUACAAAACGAACACGUUUAAAUUAACAAGCGGGAUGAUAAGCACUUGCACGUGGUUAUAUACUGAAUUACGGAUAAAAGCGAAUCCAGUUUGACAACAAUUAGCUGUAUGCGAAAAAGAUAAAUGGAAACAACACUAGGAAUGUGCGCGAGAAGGAAGAGCAAAAAAAGAACUAUGAAAAGUAUAUAUAUAUUGAAAAUAAACAUGAUAAGUAUAUGAGAUCAAAAA